AUGAAUAAAUUUGGGUAUACUGCACUUGAUGUUGUUACUGAUGUUGAUAAUGAAAGCCCUCCAGUAGACAACAACGACGAAGAAAAACUUGCAGACGAGAAAUUGCAUGAAGUGAAGACCAAUUCAAAGUGCAAUGAAGUUGUGUUGUACAAUUUAGAACAAUGUAAAGUGUUUGAUUUACGCGAUGCGGAAAAAAUCAGUGGACAAUGUUUUGAAUACAAAGACUAUCUUAAAACGGUGUAUUUCCCAUCAUCUCUUGUGGACUUUGAUAUGGAAUACAUUUAUAAUCAAACAGAGAACCCAGUUGAAAUAUCAGAGAAUUAUUGCAUCGAUAUGUACAACAAUUUUUCGUUUGAUCUGACUCACAAUUUUGUGUUUCCAACUACCAUCACUAAAAUUAGAAAUCACAACAUUUGGUAUGGAUGUAAUGGAAAAUUUGUGGUGCCAAUUACUGUAGUUGAAAUAAGCAAGAACGCGUUCAAUUCGUCAAUAUAUCUCGAAGAACUAGUAAUACCACAAAGUGUCACCAAAAUAGGAAAUGGAUUUGUGAGUGGGUGUCGUUCAUUAACAAAAAUAGUGUUUGAAAACGGCACUUCGUUUGAUUUAAAAAGCAUCACAGCAAGUGACGAUAUUAUUGUGCAAAAGUUAACAGAAGACAAAACACUGACCAAAUUAAUAAUACCAAAUGGAGUGACUUAUGUAACAAAUUAUGUUUCAGAACUUGCCGAUUUAAAGGAAUUAUUUUUACCUUCGACACUUGAAAAAGCAGACAAAUACUUGUUUUGUAAUAACAAGAAUUUGACCAAAAUUGAUACAAAUGGAGUAGACAAUAACAUUUUUGUGGUGAGUUACGAGUGUCAUUUACGGCUGAAAGCACUUGGGUAUCUAUUUAAUAACAUUAAAUUGACGCAAGAUGAUAUAAAGGAGUUUGGGUACAUUUGGGAUUCAAAAUUAUGUUGGCAAGACGAGAGGGUGGUUAAGCUUGAAAUGAGUAAAAUGUGUGUAACACGUACUAUUGACACUUCAGAUGAUCACCACCUUAGAUAUUUAAAAUUCUUAGAAACUGAAGAUAUGAGUGUAUAUUACCACGAGUGUAUAAGAAUGAGUGACUGUGACAAAUUACAUUCGAGUAUGUUUGUUAAUUGGAUCUUUCUCACAAGUGUUGUGUUACCAAGUAAUGUAAUAAAAAUAUUAUAUGGCUGUUUUGUUGAUUGUUAUCGCCUGAAAACACUCACCUUACCCAAAAGUGUCACAAAAUUGGCAAGUACUUGUUUCUAUGGAUGUAUUUCGUUCACAAUCAGGCGUUUUUUAAAAUUUACUCAUUGA